AUGAACGAAGAGGAAUUGCGUUCCAGCUACAGAAGUCAGCUCACCUCGUCCACAGCUCAGGGCAGCCUCUUUACCUCGAGUGCCCAUGAGCGGUCGAGCGUCCUGACAAAAUCGAGUUCCGUCACCAGUGCCAGCUUAAACGCCUACUACUGGGGCCCCAACGGAACUGGCGCCCACGACGAGAAUCUCAGUGCGGAUGACGUGCUAGGCAUGUACGAAAAGGGAUUUGCCGACGACAGUGCCAUGGAGGACAACGAUAGGCACUCUGUCAACGACGAAGAUACACAGGAGAUUGAUAUGGGGGACGACACCACAAAUCUGGAUGCAUUCAGACCUGCCACUACGGCAUCAAAUACUGGAGUCAGGGAUCGACUGCUCGAGGCCAUGAGUGAGCCCCUUCUGGUACCGAGUAAUAGUCUUGCUAUCCCUGGUGCAGAUGGACAUGUGGUGCGUGACUCAGGUGCAUUCUUCCGCAACUCGGGGCUGCCUUCAUCUGUGCCAAAUGACAUUGGCAUGAGCCUUGCAGAGGAGGCAGCUAAGGCUGAAAAGAGGAGGGAACAGGGAGGAGGACGCACGAGGUGGAACCACAGCAUAGAUGACGAGGAGUUCGCCCUUAAGCACGACUCUGCGAAAAUGCUCGAACAGCAGACCGACGACUCACUGUUGAUCCUGGAACCAGAGCUACCACGAAGAAAUUCUGCACGCAUCAACACACCAUCACCCUCACCAUCUCAACCACAGAUUGAAAUCCGGGAGUUAGCGGUCAAGGACGAUCGUUCUUCCGCCCCAUCAAUAACCAAUCUUGUUCAAGGUGCACACGAGCAAGAUGAUCCCGAUUCGAGAGACCGAUAUGGUUUCAAAAAGCAGAACCAGUACAUUACGCGUGAGCAAUAUGAUCAAUGGAACUCGGGAUACUCAGAGUAUCUCGCAAGACGGCGGAAGAAGUGGGUUCAAUACCUGAAGGAGAGCGGGCUUAUGACAGAUGAUCCUGGCCGCUUCCCACCGCCAUCAGCCAAGACUAAACGGUUCAUCCGAAAGGGCAUUCCGCCUGAAUGGCGUGGUGCUGCGUGGUUCUACUACGCCGGUGGACCAGCUAUCUUGGCGAAACACUCUGGUGUGUACGAUGAGCUCGUCCGGAGAGCUGAUCGCGGAGAAGUCAAGACGAUCGCGAAGGAUGAUAUCGAGCGAGACCUUUACCGCACGUUCCCGGACAACGUCCGAUUCAGAAGGCCGCCGCCACCGGGAAUCAAUGGGAAAGCCACUCCCGAGACGCCUCUGCAUAGUCGCAAUCCGUCUACGCAGUCGGCAAAUCCGACCCCGAGGCUACCGGGGACAGAGCCCGAAAUCAUUGCUUCACUCCGCCGAGUGCUCUCCGCAUUCGCCAUUUAUAACCCGAGGAUAGGGUACUGUCAAUCAUUGAACUUCCUUGCAGGUCUUCUUCUUCUCUUUGUCGAAACCGAGGAGCAAGCUUUCUGGCUGCUUAAUAUCAUCACCCGAGUCUAUCUUCCCGGCACUCACGAAAUGUCUCUCGAAGGGUCCAAGGUGGACCUGGGUGUGCUGAUGUCUGAGCUGCGCACGUGCCUCCCCGGUGUCUGGACGAAAAUAUCCGACGACGGCUCCGGCAAGAAGUCCAGACGAAAGGACAAAGGGGCGCCUAUCGGCGACGACAGCUUGCCACCGGUCACACUCGCCCUGACGGCGUGGUUCAUGUCAUGCUUCAUCGGCACGCUGCCCAUCGAGUCGACGCUGCGCGUGUGGGACGUCUUCUUCUACGAGGGCAGCCGCACGCUGUUCCGCAUCUCGCUGGCCAUCUUCAAGCUGGGCGAGUCGGAGAUCAAGGCGAUGUCAGAUCCUAUGGAGAUGUUUGGCGUCGUGCAGUCCAUCCCCCGCCGUAUCAUCGACGCGAACCUGCUCAUGGAGACGUGCUUCAAGCGGCGGAGCGGCUUCGGCCACCUCACGGCCGAUGUCGUCGAGGAGAAGAGGCUCGAGCGCCGGGUGCUGGCGCGCAGCGAGCGCGAGAGGCUCCUGCAGGCUGCUGGGACCGCGGACCUCAAAGUCCAGGUCGCGGGGGUCGCGGGCGACCUUGCGUCUGGCGAGUCUGGGUUCGGCGACACGGUCAGGAGGAAGGGCACUUUGUUCGGCAGGAAGAAGCAGCUGGAACGGCCCCGUUUGGCGGAGAUCUAG